AUGUCUGCUGCCAGCUGUCUUCUAUCUGAAGCACAGUUUCUGUGCUCCAUCUGUCUGGAUGUCUUCACUGAUCCAGUCUCCACACCAUGUGGACACAACUUCUGCAUCAGUCAACACUGGGAUAUCAGUGAGAGGUGUCAGUGUCCUUUGUGUAAAAAGGUGUUUGAGACCAGACCUGAACUGCAUAUCAAGACUUUAAUCUCUGAGAUGGUUUCUCAGUUCAGACGUGAAGCUCAGCAGAAAGUCAGCAGCAGCAGUUCAGAGCAACAAGCUGCCAAACCAGGAGAAGUUCCCUGUGACAUCUGCACUGGAACCAAACUGAAGGCCCUGAAGUCCUGCCUGGUGUGUCUGGCCUCCUACUGUCACACUCACCUGGAGCCUCAUCUGACAGCUUCACGUCUGAAAAGACAUCAGCUGAUCGAUCCCGAGGAGAACCUGGAAAGCAGGAUGUGUAUGAAGCACAAUAAACCUCUGGAGCUGUUCUGUAAGACUGAUCAGACAUGUGUCUGCAUGCUCUGCUCUGUUAUAGACCACAAGACUCAUGAGUUUGUCCCUAUGAGAGAAGAAUAUGAAGGAAAGAAGGCAGAACUGAGGAAGACUGAGGGUGAAAUCCAACAGAUGAUUCAGAAGAGACGACUGAAGAUUCAGGAGAUCAAAGAAUCAGUGAAGACGAGUAAAGAUGCUGCAGACAGAGAGAAAGCAGAAGGUGUUCAGGUCUUCACUGCUCUGAAGGAGUCUGUUGACAGACGCCUGAACGAGCUCAUAAAGGAGAUUGAAGACAAACAGGAAACAACAGAGAAACAGGCUGAAGGUUUCAUCAAAGAUCUGGAACAGGAAAUCUCUGAGCUGAUGAAGAGAAGCUCUGAGGUGGAGCAGCUCUCACGCUCUAAAGAUCACCUCCACCUCCUCCAAAGCUUCUCAUCCCUGAAAGCUGCUCCAACCACCAAGGACUGGACAGAGGUCAGUAUCCAUCCACCAUCAUAUGAGGGCACUGUGGUGAGAGCUGUGGAUCAGCUGAAGGCAACACUCAGUAAAGACAUGAAGAAGCUGAUUGAGGCUGAGCAGAAGAGGGUCCAGCAGUAUGCAGUGGAUCAGUGUUGGGGAGUAACGGAGUACAUACGUACCGGCGUUACGUUACCAGACAGAUCUGAGAUGUUGUGGCUGCUGUUCUUUCUGCUUCCUCCAGUGAGCAAUGGCAGCAUCGUCGCCAAGAACAUCGCUCACACAGAAAGACACGACCAUGAGACGACCGGUGGCCCCACAGUGACGCCUCACAUCUACUUCUGCCGCUCGCCCAACAUGGAGGACUUCACCUGCUGGUGGCAUCCACUCAGCAACCUGACAGAUGGCGAGCAAGUCACCCACAUCCUCACCUACUCCACAGAGCAGGAAGCCAACCUUGAAUGUCCAGACUACGUGACUGGCGGCCCCAACAGCUGCCACUUCGACAGCAGCCAUACGUCUAUAUGGACGGUGUACUGUUUGACCGUGACCGCCGUAACCACACACAGAAACUACACCUCCCAGCAGCACUGCCUGGAUGUGGCAGAAAUAGUUCAGACUGAAAUUCCAGUCAACGUGACUUACAACUUGACAAAUGCAGGCAGCGAUGAAAUGGGCCAAAAUGCGCUGAUUUCCUGGACCUACCCGGUGCCCGGCCACGUGCAGUAUGGUUGGAUCACACUGGUCUAUGAGCUGCAGUACAGACAUGUUACAGAGUCUGACAACUGGAAGGUGAAGCAUCCUCUGCGUGAGGCUCAGGUGGAGCUGCUUGGACUCCCUGUUGACGACUACAUGAUCCGAGUUCGUUGCCGUGCGCAGCACUCCAAGCUGUGGAGUGACUGGAGCUCCACGCUGGUGAUGAGCAUCCCCCCAAAACCGUCUGCAGGUAAACUGUUGGUGCUGAUUCUGGAGACUGGAGUUGGUGUUCUGGCUCUGCUUGUUAUGGCCUUUAGUCUUGUUCUACAGACCAAGAGAAUAAAAGAGUUCUUCCUGCCGGCCAUUCCAAAAUCACGGAUUAUUGGCAUUGACCCCGUGCUUUUGAAGAAGGGGAACUUGGAUGAAAUCAAUCGUCACUUCAGUAACUUCCACAGCUACAGGCCUCCAAGCUCCUCCGAGGAGGUCUGGGACCGUGUGAGUGCCAAUGACCUCUAUCUAAACACACCAAAGGACAACAGCGACCCAUGCAACCCUACAGAAUCAGAGAGGGACACCUUACUAGUUCCCUGCAAUCCGGCAUCCACGGCAGUGUCCGCCCACCAUCAGCUCACAGCUCCAAACCCUACAUUGAUUGUGCAGAGUGUGCCGCCUUACUGCUCUUCUCCCACUGAAGCCUUCACCAAACCUCGGAGUAUUCCUUCUCCAUGGCCGAUGCUGAAGAUCAUAUCACUGCCUGGGACGGACUACAGCAUGAUGGAAUAUUCCUGCGGUCCCAAUACUGUCCUGGUCCCAGAACUCACUUUCAGCACCAGCCACUCACCACAAAACUUCUACACUUGUGUCCAGCUAUUAAACAAAAGUGGUGAGGUGCAUCGAGUGCCGUGCUUGGCAUCUUUUCUGAGGGUUGAUUUAGAAGCUACAGAGAAGGAAGAGAAGAAGAACGAUAUUGAUGACUCUGAGAAGAACGAGGCAGCUGUCCCUGUGCUGCCUGUUACUGUUGACAACAGUGGCUGACUGACAAGAAAUAGAUCCAGAUACUUUAAAAAAAAAUGCAUCCAACAUGCAGACUUAACAUAUGCAAAGUGAAAUCUGCUGUAUCCUGCUGGUUUGACUGGAAUCAGAUCCUGUUCCUUGUUUCUUUGCUUAUUUGUUUAAUUUAAAAAAAAGAAAACCCCCCACAAAUUCAGGCCACUCAGAGAAAACAUUUAAGGAUGAACAAAGAACAAGAGAAGCGAAAACUGACACAGAGUAGUAGAUGAAAUGCACCUGUGAUUGUAUAUGAUGUACGGUGAGUGUGAGUUGGAGUGUGAGGCGGCUGCAGAAAAACAACCAUGGGAAAAUACAUAAGGGAUAUCUGCACAUCCACCCGCAGUCAGCAGCACUGGUGUGACAGAGAAUUCAGUUAGAAACGAUACCCAGAGGGUACUCUGCAGGACACGGUCAGUCAGGUCAUCAGUGAAGUUAUUUUGUGGUUAAUAAGCAGGAAUUAUUUUACCUUUGCUUGGUAAGCAUCAUUUGGAUGUUCAAUCUGUUUUUGUGAAGAUAAAUAUAUAAUAUGAUAGAGGAGAGUCAACUUGGAGCAUGAGCUCCGUCAACACAGCCCCCCAGAUGCAGAGGAAAGUAGAGAGCAUGUAUAAAAGCUGG